AUGAACUGUAGCUUGCCAGGCUCCUCUGUCCAUAGGAUUUCCAGGCAAGAAUGCAGGAGUGGGUUGCCAUUUCCUACUCCAGGGGAUCUUCCUAACCCAGGGAUUGAAUUGCUGUCUCUUGCAUCUCCUGCAUUGGCAGGCAGAUUCUUUACCACUACACCACCAGUGGGUAUAAGUGAAAAAAUACCCUUUAACUGGGUUUUACCACUCUUCCCAACCCCUGCAUACAGCUCAGCUGCUGGAGCUGAAGGUUGUACUGGAUGGAAGUUUGGAAACACAAGAAUGAGAAAGGUUGUAUCCUGGGUAAUCUUGAAGGAUGAAUAG